AUGGUUGUAACAACACGAUCACGGAAUGCCAGGGCGCCUCUAUCAGCCACACAGUCGGCACCUGAAUCUGGAAAGCAGCCCUCGCCACGCACGUCAACCGCCCUGCGAAUCAGCAAACGCGCAAAGCCCUCACCACCACAAACUCCUACCAGAAUCCGCGCUAGCAAAGCAAAGGCGACCAAACAGGAUCAAAGUCGCGUGAGACGUUCGAGACGCAAGCUACCCUCGGAAUACGAACUUCGUCCGAAUGGAGAUGAGAUCAUAGACCAGUUAAGCGGCCGUCCUGUACUGUCCGCGUAUGGUCAAAGAGUAUUUCACGAGAGGCGCCGUCUUGUGGCGGACAAGCGCGCCCCUCGACCUGAACUGGAUAAUCGAUUACGCCCGAGAUAUCAAGGUAUCAGGCAGCCAAUGCUACAUUUCGGCCUUGGCUGCAAUAUGGCCCAUAUCAUGGACUGCGCGAAACGGCGCGGAUACCUGACUCGUCCGCGUGACGAGGACGAUCAGGAAUCGAGGGCGAAGUUUCGUGUUUGGACGCACCUUCGAUUCCGUCUGAUAGACUGCACAUUCGAGCGUGCUCUAUCCAACGAAUUCGAGUUUGUGGUCGCUCUAUACUCAAACUACGAUCAGCUCGAGAGGCAGCUCGUGGAAGAAGAUGAAGAGACUUGUCUUCGUCUCAUCCGGAAAGAGCUCGGAUUGGGAGAUCAGGAACCGAAGUGGUACUGGGACGAGAGGAAAUCCGGAACCUACUAUACUGCCCCUCUAGAUGAAUACAAUGUUCCGAACUUGUAUUCGGUCACUGUACCGGUUUUGGAUGAUGAGUAG